AUGGCCCUCAGCCUGCGAUCCACACGCCAUGCCACCAAGCUGGCCAAGGCCUCGCGCCCUUUCUUCGCGGCCACCCGCCACUACGCAACCGCGGAGCCCGAUCUCAAAUCCACUCUAAAGGAGGUUAUUCCCGCCAAGCGGGAACUCCUGCAGAAGGUCAAGGCUCAGAGCGACGAGGUCAUUGGUGAAGUCAAGGUGGGCAAUGUGAUCGGUGGCAUGCGCGGUCUCAAGGCCAUGCUGUGGGAGGGCUCCGUCCUGGACGCCGACGAGGGCAUUCGGUUCCACGGCAAGACUAUCAAGGACUGCCAAAGGGAACUUCCCAAGGGCACUUCGGGCACCGAGAUGCUCCCCGAGGCCAUGUUCUGGCUGCUCCUGACGGGACAGGUGCCCUCGACCGCACAAGUGCGCGCCUUCUCGCGCGAACUCGCCGAGAAGUCGGAGCUGCCGCAGCAUAUCCUGGAUCUGGUCAAGACAUUCCCCAAGUCCAUGCACCCAAUGACCCAGUUGUCGGUUGCCGUGGCAGCUCUCAACACCGAGUCCAAGUUCGCCAAGGCUUACGAGCAGGGCCUGAACAAGGCUGAGUACUGGGAGCCUACCUUUGACGACUGCAUUUCGCUGCUUGCUAAGAUCCCCCGUGUCGCGGCACUUGUCUUCCGCCCAAAUGAUAUUGACGCCGUCGGCUCACAGAAGCUGGAUGCCGCCCAGGAUUGGUCGUACAACUUUGCCGAGCUGCUUGGCAAAGGUGGCUCGAAGAACGAGGAUUUCCACGACCUGCUGCGUCUGUACCUCGCCCUGCACGGCGAUCACGAAGGUGGCAAUGUGUCGGCUCACGCCACCCACCUUGUGGGCAGCGCCCUCAGUGACCCUUUCCUGAGCUACAGCGCCGGCCUGCUGGGUCUGGCUGGCCCAUUGCACGGACUGGCUGCCCAGGAGGUUCUGCGUUGGAUCAUGGCCAUGCAGGACAAGAUCGGCACCAAGUUCACUGAUGAAGAUGUCCGCAACUACCUGUGGACAACUCUCAAGUCCGGUCGCGUGGUGCCAGGCUACGGCCACGGCGUUCUGCGCAAGCCAGACCCGCGCUUCGAAGCCCUCAUGGACUUUGCUGCCACCCGGCCGGAUGUGUUGGCCAACCCGGUCUUCCAGCUGGUCAAGAAGAACGCUGAGAUUGCGCCUGGUGUGCUGACCGAACAUGGCAAGACUAAGAACCCUCACCCCAACGUCGAUGCCGCCUCUGGUGUCCUGUUCCACCACUAUGGCUUCCAGCAGCCCCUCUACUACACCGUCGCUUUCGGUGUCAGCCGUGCUCUGGGUCCUCUCGUCCAGCUCGUCUGGGAUCGCGCUUUGGGCAUGCCCAUCGAGCGGCCCAAGAGCAUCAACCUCCUCGGCCUGGUCAAGAAAUAA